CCAUAUGUUCUUUAUUUUAUCCUUUCUAAAUUUUCUGAUAUCAUUGUUAUUCUCUCUCCAAAGGGUUACUUUGUUCAUUGGUAAUUUAGUGUUAUUGCUCCAUAUACUAUCAUGUGAUGUGACCAAGUUUAUCAUAUGCUAUUCAACAUGUCUGUUCUUUUUCUUGUUAUAAAGAAAAUAUAUUCUAUACAUCUAUGUUCAUGCAAUCAUUUGAAGGAACUGCAUGAAUUGGUUAUUUAUAAGACAUGACUGCAAAUAGUGGGAGAGGAACUGAAGAGCAUAAGAGGAAAAUCAAUGACCCUUUACCAAGGUCACCUAGAUUAUGCACACCUAUUAGGAAGGAAAAUGUGAUUGGUAAUGAGAAUAAUAUUUUAACUAGAAAUUUUGCUUCCUUAGCUGGAUCUGGACCUCCUAGUACUAGUUUUUGUUCCACCACAGAUCCUAAACACAUUGUUGAAAAAUUACAUGUUAGGAAUAAUAAGAACUUGAAUGUGGCUUUAGGUAUCCCUCCACAUAAUUUUAGACAGCAUCAGAGAAAUCAAUUAGCUAUUGAGUCUAAGUAUAAUAAUAGCUUGAGUAGAAAAAUUGCACAGAAAUCACUCAGAUUAAGCAAAGGACAAAAGGGAAUUGAUUCUAGAAAGAACUUGAAUCAUGAACAAUAUAAGGCUUUUGCUAAUAUAGGCAAUAUGGAUAAUACACAUUUUGUUAGCAGUAAAAUGCAAAGUUCUUCUGCUACAUCUAGUUAUCCUCAAUUGUUAGGAGAGAAAACAGUGAAGGGAAAGGGAAUUCUUCAUAAUGUGAUGUCUGGCGCAGAAUGUUUUAACGAUGGACUCAACUUAAGAGCGUGGAUGAAGUCUGAAAGUCAUAAAGUGAAGAAAUCAGAAAGGCUGUAUAUAUUUAAACAGAUUUUGGAAUUGGUUGAUUUUGCACACUCUCAAGGAUUUGUCUUGGAAGACAUAAAACCAUCUUGUUUCGUCUUAUCGCCUUUGAAUAAAAUUAAAUACAUUGGUUCAUAUAGCCAACAUGUGUUUGAUGACCAAAAAUCAUGUUUCACCGUAUUUAAGUCAUGCCUUAAGGCUAUCAUGACCUGCAACGGAACAAGGAAAAUGCCUUGGGAACAAGAUAACUGUGCUUGCCAAAAUUUGAGUGCAAAGAAGCAAAAGCUAUGUGAAGAGAAAACAUCUCUUAAGGAGCAGCAUCACUUCAACUGUAUUCAUGGCUGUGACACAAAAAUGGACAUGGAAACAAGGGUUAAUAAAGAAAGGUUGUGGCUUGACGAUUCGAGUUAUCAACAUGCUUUUGCAGAAGAAAAACAGUUUAUUUCUGAAACAAUUGAGUUUGAAGAGAAAUGGUAUUCUUGUCCAGAAGUGCUCAAUGAGGAAGCUUGUACAUUUUCAUCAAAUGUUUAUAGCCUUGGAGUUCUUCUUUUUGAGUUGCUGUGCAAUAUUGAGUCAUUGGAAGCACAUUCAACUGUGAUGUUUGAUAUGCGUCAUAGAAUCUUACCGCCAAAAUUUCUAUCACAAAAUGCAAAGGACGCUGGUUUUUGUCUAUGGCUUCUGCACCCUGAACCGUCUUCUCGUCCCAAUACCAGGAUGAUUUUAGAAUCUGAAUUUAUACGCGAAUUAGAGGCAUCAAACUCUGGUGAUAAUAAUGUUAUAGUAUCUGAAGACGAUGUAGCUGACACACAGGAAUUACUGCAUUUUCUAAUUUCAGUUGAAGAAGAAAAGAAAAAACAGGAAGCUAAAUUGGCAGAAGAGCUACAUUGUUUGAACGAAGAUAUUAAGGAGGUAGAAGGAAAUCAUUCGUAUGGAAGUGAUUCAGCAUUUCCAUCGUCACAAUUGAACUAUCUACCUUAUCAUGAUUCUUCCAGUAAAAUUAUUAGUAGAUCUUUUCCAAGUUCAUUUGUUGAUGAAGCAAAAUUUAUGAAUAACAUAAGUCAGCUAGAGAAUAGUUACUUCUCCAUGAGAUUCCAAGGCCCGCUCAAGGAAGCUGCAGCCGCCAAAAGCAGUGAUAAAAGUGUGAUGGAAACCAGAUGGAGAUUGCCUCAUUUAGAGAAUGUUGGUAAUGGGCCAAAGAGAAUUCAAGGUUCUAUUGGUUGUCUAGGACCUUUCUAUGAAGGUAUAUGCAAAUUCGCUCGUUACAGCAAGUUUGAAGAGCGCGGAACAUUGAGAAACAGUGAUCUUCUUAGUUCUGCCAAUGUGAUAUGUGCCUUAAGUUUUGACCGUGAUGAAGACUACAUUGCAGCCGGUGGAAUUUCAAAGAAAAUAAAGAUAUUUGACCUUAAUGCUAUUUCAAGUGAUUCUACAGACAUUCAGUACCCCGUUGUCGAGAUGUCAAACAAAUCAAAGCUCAGUUGUGUGUGCUGGAACAGUUAUAUAAAAAACCAUCUGGCAUCUACUGAUUAUGAUGGUGUGGUUCAGAUGUGGGAUGCAGGCACUGGUCAGCCACUGUCUCAAUACAUGGAGCACCAAAAGAGAGCUUGGUCUGUUCACUUUUCGGCGUCCGACCCAAAAAUGUUUGCCAGUGGAAGUGAUGACUGUUCUGUCAAACUAUGGAAUAUCAGCGAGAGAAAUUCUAUAGGAACCAUAAUGAGUCCGGCAAAUGUAUGUUGUGUUCAGUUCUCUGAAUACUCCACAAAUCUUUUAUUUUUUGGAUCGGCUGAUUACAAGGUGUACGGUUAUGAUCUUCGUAACACUAAAAUUCCUUGGUGUACGUUACCUGGUCAUGGAAAAGCUGUUAGCUAUGUAAAAUUUAUAGAUGCACAAACAGUUGUGUCUGCUUCCACUGAUAACUCUUUGAAGUUAUGGGACUUAAAGAAAACUAGUUCAGCCGAGUUGUCAUCUGAUGCUUGUGACUUAACCUUUAGAGGUCAUAGUAAUGGAAAGAAUUUCGUUGGUUUAUCUGUUUUGGAUGGAUACAUUGCAUGUGGUUCAGAAUCUAAUGAGGUUUACUGUUAUCACAAAUCUCUACCAGUGCCAAUGGCUUCUCACAAAUUCGAGUCAAUCGAUCCCAUUUCUGGUCAUUCAAACAGUAAUGAUAACAAUGGACAAUUUGUUUCUAGUGUCUGCUGGAGGAAGAAGUCUAACAUGCUUGUUGCAGCCAACUCAGUUGGAAUUGUGAAACUACUUCAGAUGGUGUGACAGAUACAUUUUAUUUGGCUCAGACCAGUGAUUUAUUCAGGCUUCAAUGAUUAAUGACGAAUAAAGCUUAAAUGGAGAGGAGAGGGUAUAGAGUUUAAAUUGUUUCAAAGAGGCGUGCAACAAUGUCUCUUUAGUUUUCAUAGAUAGGUAAUCUUGUUAAGAUUUUGUUAUCUACAACAUGACAUGAAGAACACUUUUUUUCCUAAAAUAUGAACAAAAUAAGCCGAACGAGAUAUAUAUGAAGCACAUACAUAUAUAUAGGCUUUUGAAGUUAAUCACAGGUGAAGCUGUAUCAUGAAGUCUCUUUAAAAUAUCAUCGAGUGGCAAGCGAAAUUCUUCUCAUUCAUUACUGCAAUGCAGAAGUUUUCACUUCAAGAACUUUACAUAUAUGUGAUGUAUCAAAUAGGAACACCAGUAGAUUGAACUUGAAGCUAUGUCAAAUUUGUUGUUUUACAGCAUAGCUCCUUCUUGCUUCUAUAUAUCCAUGUUUGUAAGACUGCAAUCUGUUGAGGAAGUGAGGGACAUAUUACUAACUAAAGCA